AUGCUGGAGAAGACGUACACCACAUUCCACAAGGAUCACAUCACCCUGCAACAACAAUACAUGUUGCGAGGAUACACCAAAUUUUCUGAUUUGAUUGUGGCACUCCUAGUUGCGGAGAAAAACAAUGAGAUCCUCAUAAAGAAUCACAUGACUCGACCUGCUGGAUCCAAAGUGUUUCCUGAAGCAAACGCAUUGGAUGUAAAGAAACCGGUGAAAGAAAACAAUUCUUUCCGAGGUCGUGGAGGUCGAAACAAUCCGGACGUGGCGGACGUGGGAGAUACAACCCAAAUAACAAAAGGUCAUUCCAAUGGAAUCGCUCUGAACAAUCUUCAGAAAAAGAGCACCAAGGAAACACCUCCCAGAAGCGAGAGACUUGUUUGUUACAGAUGCGAUACAAAGGACAUUGGUCCCGGAAUUGCCGUACUCCUAGGCACCUUUGUACAUUGUACAAAGAUUCCCCAAAGGCAAAGGAAAAGAAGUAAACCUUGCAGAGCACUCAGAGGGAACAACCCACCUCGAUGCUUCUGA